UAAAGGAGGUAUUUGACGUGUUCUUUUGUGCCAUUCCGUGCAGGCUCGAUGAUCUUACCCUUGGCUAUCGCCUAUUACAGACUUCGUGUCAGAAUGGCCUGUGGUGGUAUUCGUGCGCGGGAUAACCUGAUAUCAAAUUACCGCGUAAUCAAGCUGGCAUAUCACUGUUGAGUUGUGUGGCAACACUAGCUAUUCAAAUGAGAUUCCUCGCAAUCCUUGGCCUAUCUUGAUCGACCCUGUUAGCCGGUUAACUGCCUUGAGUAGCGUCUAGCACACACACAACAUUCAAAGUACCGUACAUGACCACAACAACGACGUAAGACGCGCAAGGAUAAGACAAGGCCGUCACAGAACAACGCAGCGAGCAUCAGAAACGACGACCAGACCAAGUCCCUUCUCCCAUGCGGGAUAAACCUAAUUUAUUCGUGAUCUUAUGUCGUGACGAAUUGGAUCGAGAGUUCUAUUGAAAUCCAAGACAAAAGCUGUUGAAGACAUAAGUAACAGGAGGUUUUUAGAAGUCGACAAACGUGCGUGAGCUUUGAAGGAGAACGAUUUGUCGUUUGACUGUUUACCCGAUUUAAGUGCUGCUAGAAAUCCAAUUAACGGACGAACGAUCAAGACGAUAUUCUUGAUAAGAAAAGAAUGGAAAAAGACUUUGAAGAGCAUUAUUACGUUGUAACCGAGGAAGUCAAGCUGAACAUUUCGACUGCAGCCAGGGAACUACCGCCCUAUAUUACGAUCCAGUUCGCGUGGUACUCUUUCAUAUUCACACUCGGAGUGAUCGGAAAUUUGUACAUCACGCUAACGGUGACGCUUCGCAAAGAGAUGAGCUCCGCGACAAACUACUUUAUCUUCAACCUUGCGAUCAGCGACUUAGGGAUUUUAUUGAUUUCCCUUCCAGCGUACAUCAUACGAGAUUACUUUUCUUGGUCAUUCGGGAAAAUUGCCUGCCAGAUAAUAAUCCCCAUGAACGAUGUGUCUUUCUCUGUCUCUAUUUGCACUAUUACGGUCAUAACGUUGGAGAGAUACCGGGCAAUUGUUGCCCCGUUUAAGCCGAGGCUGAAGGCGCGAGGAGGCAAACUUACAAUCGCUCUCAUUUGGGUAUUGACCUAUCUAUCUGUCGGUUUCCCCAUGGCAUUCUACAUGGAAUUAACGAAAGUAGAUGACAGGCUUAUUUGCCUACCGAAAUGGCCAUCAAACAUCGUGUUCAAGAUCCUGACUUGCUUCUUUAUAUCCCUGAUAAUCAUUCCCUUGUGUAUAACAGCUGUGGCGUACAUUAUCAUGAUCAAGACUAUGCGAAAACAGAGCAAGCGGCUCAGAGAAGCGCGGGAGAGAAGGCAUAGCGCUGGAAUCGGCAGCACAGUCAGCUUAAAACACGUCCAAGAAAGACACCGGCACGACUACAAUGCGAAGCUUGUCAAAAUGCUUAUAAUAAUUGUAGUGGUAUUCUGGAUUUGUAUGCUACCACUGUCGAUUCUUGCGUUUGUAGUGGAGUUUUUCGUCAUUGACCCUCGUAAACCCGUAGUCGAUGGCCUUUUUACACUAAGCAUUGCGGUGUUUUUCUCAAACAGUGCUUUUAAUCCCGUAGCUAUUUAUAUUAUGAGCUCUGACCUAAGAAAAGGAAUAAACACGUUAUUGUUUUUUGGAAGGAAAAGAUGUAAAAAGAAUGGUAUCCCGCAUAUCUGAGACGCAAAUGUAGCUAUUUAUAGUCUAUAGUGUAUUUUUGCUUGGUCGCGUAUAUAGCGUUAUUUGUAAAUAGACCAUUAGUAGAUGUGUACUUGAUGUAAAAAAAAAAAAGAAAAGAAAACGAUCAAGA